AUGGCUCGCGGAAGCAAAUUGCCCUGGGGUCUUUCAUUUCGAUCCUCAGAAUGGUUUAUUCUGCUCGUGGUCUCAGCGGCGUUGUUCACGAUUGUCCCAAUUGUGCCCUUGGCACUUACCAACCGCGCAGUGCAAAAAUGGGUUUCGAUUCUUUUAGCAACAUAUGGCGCAACAUUCCUCUUCGGAUCCCCCCUAUUCGGUUAUUUUGCGGAUCGUGGCAGGAGUCGGCAAUUACCGUUCGUUAUGGGGUUGGUUGCCAUGAUAUUAGCGACUUCUUUAUUCCUCGUUGGGCGGUCCCCAGGCUUGUUUGUAGUGGCAAGGGCAAUGCAAGGGCUUUCGGGUGGUGCCGUUGGAGCAGUCGGAAUGGCAUUGGCCGUUGAUACUGUCCCCAAGGAAAGAAUUGGGCAAGCAAUGGGCUAUGUCUCCCUUGCAUUGACCUGGGGGGUGCUAUUCGGACCAAUUGUUGGAGGAGUCAUGUUCACCAAAGCAGGCUAUUAUGCAGCAUUCGCGGUACCGAUAGCAUUACUAUGCAUUGACAUCGUACUGCGGCUUCUUAUGAUUGAGAAAAACGGUCCGUCGAGCCGGACUCAAUCUCUGGGUUCGGACUCUGAAGACACCAUUGACGAACAGUCGUCACUCAUCCAACCAUCUAAAAACGGCAAUUCGAAGCCUACUUCCACAAAAACACUGAUGAUAUACCACCUGCUCAAGGAUUCCCGGAUAUUGGUUAAUUUGUUUGCAACUGUGAUUCAGUCAAUUGUAUGGACUGCAUUCGAAACGACACUUCCCAUAUUCGUGAUGCAUAAAUUCAACUGGACCCCAAGCGGAACGGGAAUUCUAUUUCUCAUCUUCUCCCUUCCGUGCUUAUUUGGAGUCUUAAUAGGGAAGGGUGCGGACCGUUGGGGAUCCCGCGUGUUCGGCACAUUUGGCUUCAUACUCGCAGGCCCCCCACUCAUCCUCCUCCGACUUGUGCAGCACAACACAACAGGACAACAGAUAAUCCUAGGGGCAUUGCUUGUUCUUGUUGGUCUAGCAAUCACAGUCGUUCAAGUAAUCACAAUGACAGAAAUUUCCCACGCAGUCGACGAACUGGAAGAGAGAGAUCCAGUUUUGUUUUCGGGGCCUGGUGCCAUGGGCCAGGGCUAUGCACUCUAUAAUAUGGCUUUUGCUGCUGGGCAACUUCUUGGCCCAAUAAUUGGGGGUUUCGUGAUCACCAGUGUUGGCUGGGCGGGGCUGAAUUUGGCGCUUGGUUUGAUCUGUUUCGUCUCCGCGAUCCCAAUGGCCAUAUUCUGCGGAGGUACCAUCACAUCACAGAAAGGAAAGCUGAAGGUCCGCGAUUUGUCCGGCGGUGGCGAAGCAUAUGAAUCCUAA